UCAUCACCUCUCCCUCUUUCUCUCUCAAAACCUCUUUCAAAACCAAAGAUGGAUAAGGUAUCUAUCCAAUGUUUUAUCUUCUUAGUUCUCACCAGCUUCGUCGCCACCGUUUGGUGUUUGAGUGCUACAGCAGAUUAUAGAGAAGUUGAGGAUGAAAGGGAGUUCAGCUACGAGCGGAACAAAGAGAACGGGCCAGAGAAAUGGGGAAAGCUAAAACCGGAAUGGAAACUGUGCGGAAAAGGAGAGUUGCAAUCUCCAAUUGAUCUUAUGAACAAAAGAGUUAGACUUGUUACUGAUUUCGAAAAGCUUACUAAAGAUUACAAGCCUUGCAAUGCCACUCUCAUAAAUAGAGGCCAUGAUAUGAUGCUGAGGUUUGAAGAAGAAGAAGAAGGGCCAGGAAGUUUUAAGAUCAAUGGAACUGAAUAUAAACUCCUACAGCUUCACUGGCAUUCGCCCUCUGAACAUACUAUCAAUGGAAGAAGGUUUGCUCUUGAGCUUCACUUGGUUCAUGAAAACAUUAACGGAAGCUUGGCUGUAGUCACAGUGCUCUACAAAAUCGGAAGGCCAGACUCUUUUCUCGAAUCGCUGGAAAAGAAAUUGUCGGUGAUUACAGAUCAAAAUGAGGCAGAGAAAAAUGUAGAAAUGAUUGAUCCAAGGAAUAUUCAGAUUGGGAGCAGAAAAUUUUAUAGAUAUCUUGGAUCACUUACCACUCCUCCUUGUACGCAAAAUGUUAUUUGGACCGUCGUUAAGAAGGUAAGGACAGUAACGAAAAGCCAAGUGAAACUACUUCGAGUGGCUGUUCACGAUAAUUAUGAUACCAAUGCGAGGCCGGUUCAACCUAUAAAUAAACGUGUGGUGAAGUUAUUCAGACCAAAAUCUCUGUGAAUCAAGGCAGCUCAUGAAUCAAAUACGAAAAUACAAUACAAUUUAUUUCAUUUUUUUACAAUAAAAGUGUAAUUUUUAUUUAAUACGAAAUUGAUGAUGUAUGUGUUUCCUGAUUAUUUUUGCAAUGUCCCAUCGAUAUCUUCCUCCUUUAUUUACACUUUUUUUUU